GUGGUCCAUCGCAAUGUUUCAAAGGCAGGGCAUUUCUGGCCACAUUCCUGGGGAUUUCCAAUUUUCGUUCUUGUUUUUUCGAGAGAGUGUUUGAAAGAGAGGGCAUUUCUGGCCACAUUCCUGGGCAUUUCCCAUUUUCGUUCCUGUUUCUUCGAGAAAGGUGUAGCACCAUCGUCACCACGAUCAUAUUCACCUGGCGCAAUCAUAUUCAACUGGCGCGAGCUGCAGAGCCUUCCACCAGAUCAUAUGUCAUUAAACCACUUCUUGUUAGCUCUCGCACCAUGAAGGUUGUCUUGUCUCCUUCAUAUUGGUGACCCGAACGUGAUCUGACCGAGCCGCAACCAUGACCGCUCCGCAGCCCAACCCUACAGGACUUCUCGGGCAGGAAUCCCUUCCACCGGCAACGCCAUCGCCAGGCCUUAACGCAGUUUCCAUCAAGAUUCCCCCGUUCUGGCCCGCCGACCCCAUUCUUUGGUUCGCUAACAUCGAGGCGCAAUUCAUACUCCGAGGUGUUACCACCCAGCUAACCAAAUUUUACCACGUUGUCGGCGCCCUCGGACCUAAUGAAGCAGCUGAGGUGCGUGACAUUAUCACCGUGCCUCCUGCAGACCACCCGUACGACGCCCUCAAGACAGCUCUGACCCGGCGCACCACCGCGUCUGAACAGGAGCGCCUGAGGCAACUCCUCACCGCUGAAGUCCUCGGUGACAGAAGGCCGUCCCAGCUGCUCCGACGAAUGCAACAACUCUUGGGCGACCGCGCUUCAGCACUGGACGAUUCCAUCUUGCGCGAGCUAUUUUUGCAGCGGCUCCCGAACACUGUGCGCAUGAUUCUAACGACCUCCACCGCAGUCUCCCUCGAAGCCCUGGCCGAGAUGGCUGAUAAGAUAAUGGACAUCGCACCGCCAACCAUUUCUGCGGUAUCAUCGCAACCCCACGCGGUUUCCCCACUUUCGGCCACUCCCACGAUGUCAGACUUCCAGAUCCUUCGUGACGAGGUCGCGCGGCUGACCGACAUGGUUUCGACUUUACGUUUCAACCGCCGCUCCACAACACCCAGGCAUCGUAGUCCUCGUCGAAGCAGUCGGCGCCGCAGCCCCUCCAACCGCUCACCGUCCCCCAACCCAGGCGAGUGCUGGUACCACCAGACUUUCGGAGCCAGUGCACGCAACUGCCAGCCUCCCUGCACCUACCCGGGAAACAGGGCAGUCAGCAACUGA